AUGGCACCCUCCCAAUACUUGGAGUCUGGAAGAUCGUCGGCGGGGCAUGGCAGCAGUUACACUGACCGCUUCCGCACAGACAAUGCGUACGGAGAGAGGCGUCCUAUGCGAGUGGCUGGACCGCCUUCCAUCGGACGGUUGUUGACACUUAUCGACCGAGCGACUCGCCCGACUCUCCGCGAGCCUGAUCUCGGAGUCAACAUGCAGAUUGCAGACAUCAUCAAUGAGAAGAAGGGCACUGCUCCGCGGGAGGCUGCAACUGCAAUUGUCAAGAUUAUCAACAACAUGAGCCAGCAACGAGCCAUUCUGGCCAUGUCUGUGCUUGAUGUGUGCGUCAAAAAUUGCGGCUAUCCCUUCCACCUUCAGAUUUCGCGCAAGGAAUUCCUCAACAAUCUCGUGCGUCGGUUCCCAGAGCGCCCGCCACUUCAUUACUCGCGGGUCCAGAUGCUCAUCUUAGAGGCAAUUGAGGAGUGGCGCGAGACCAUCUGCCGCACCUCAAAAUACAGAGACGAUUUGGGACACAUUCGCGACAUGCACCGUUUGCUCAGUUACAAGGGGUACAUGUUCCCUGAAGUCAACCGUGACGACGCCGCGGUGCUUAACGUCAGCGAUACGCUCAUGAGCGCUGCAGAGCUCGAAGAAGAGGACCGCGAGGCCCAAAGUGCCAAGCUCCAGGAACUGCUCAUGUCCUCGAACCCUGAGGAUUUAAGGGAAGCCAACCACCUCAUGUCGGUCAUGGCAGGCUUCAAAGAGACAAAGGUCGAUUAUCACGCUAAGGUGGCCAAGGAGCUGGACAAGGUCCGCAGGAAGGCCGAGAUUCUUGAGGAAAUGCUCAACAACAUGAACCCUGGUGAACCUAUUACUGACAGCGAUGUUUUCGAAGAGCUCGCAAAUGCCUUACGCAACGCCAGACCCAAACUCCAGAAGAUUAUCGAGGACGAAUCAAACAGUGACGAUGAAGAGGCACACGCCAAAAUGAUUGGGCUUUUGGAAUACAUUGUGCAGCUCAUCCAAAAGUAUGAGCUCACCGCCAAAGGUGAUUAUGAAGGGGCUAAAAACGUCACUGUUCAAUCUAUGGGCAGCGGCAAGCAUAUUGACACUUCUCGUCAAGCAGUAAUCAACUCUCUUAUCGAUAUCGACGAUAUUCCUCCUCAAAAAGUCGGAAAUGAUGCACCGGCCGCUGAUCUACUAGGUCUGUCGUUUGGUGGAUUGACGCUCGGUGGAGGCUCCACGGAGGGCUCCGAGCCUAGCCCAGGACUUGAUUUGUUGGACAUCGGCGCCUCGUCCCAAAGUCCAGCCCCCGUGUCGCCUACGGUUCCCGCUGUCACUCCGGUCGCCGCUGCCCCUGCGCAGCCAGCUUCUGCCACUAACGACUUGCUUGGUGAAUGGGUUUCUUCACCAAAGCCUGCUAAUACCACUUCUACCGUUCAGACAAUUCUUGAAGAAGACAUCAAGGUUGAUUUCACCGUCAGCAAAACCGAGGAUUCAGUCGAGGUUACCGCCGUCUUUGGUAACUUAACAGACAAGAAGAUCACUAACUUCAAAUUCGAGGUGGCUGCACCCCGGUCGCUACAACUAACAAUGCAGCCCCAAUCAAGUGCUGCUCUUGAGCCAAGACAGCAAGCCGGAAUAUCCCAAAAACUCACAGUCACAGGUUCGUCUGCACCGAAACUGCGUUGGCGAGCAAUUUUCAAGCUCGGCCUCUCUGACUGCACUAAACAGGGCGUCUGUACCUUGUAA